CAUGAAACAAUAUCUUUACCAGUUUAUUUUAGUGCAACUCGUGAUAGAAUUAUUACACGUCUAAAUGUUCCAUGUGGUAGUGAUAAAGAUAAAUGGCUUCAAUGUGGCGCUGCACUUUUUCUUAAGAAUUUUUAG